AUAAACUCAAUUGUAAUAUUUUGAUCGAUAUCGAUUAUAGAAACGAUAUAUAUUGAAUAUCGAGUAAAAAUUCAUAAACAUUGGAAGGAUCGAUAUCGAUCGGAGGGAUCGAUCGAAGAUCGCAAUCGAUUGCAAUCAAAAAAGAAGAGGAAUUGUAAAAGAUUUUGAUAAAAAAAUAAAUACAUAUUGUUAAUGAUUUCAAGAAUGGAGAUAGAAGGAGGCUUUUAAUAGAAAAGAAACGAUUAUUGCUUGUAACUGUAGUGAUCGAUCGUUGAACGUUAGUAGCGCGCGCGACUUAUCGCCCUCCCAUCCUUGCAAAAUAGGUCGUCGACGCAAUGCAGUAUACACGUCGUAGGCGCGCAUACCCCUUUUUCUCUCUGUCACACAUACACACACACUCUCUCGUUUCUCUUUCCGCCCUCUCUCUCUCUCUCUCUCUCUCUUUCUCUCUCAUUCACUCUUUAUCCAUGCACGCACGGUAAAAUCUUGAAAAUCGAAGGAUCGCACCGUGAACGCCAUCUUUGCGGAUGUCGAAGAAGAACGAAACGGCCGGAAGCCGACGAUCACCGUGGCAACACUAAGAGAGAAAGAGAAGAAAAAAGAUAAAAAGAGAAAGAGAGAGAGGGGCGGGGGAGAAAGAGAGAGAGAGAAGAUCCACGUUUCGAUCCCUAGCAGGACGCAUCUGCACAUAUUUUCCGAAGAGAAACUCAAACGAAGGAAGGAAGGAUAGAAGGAAGGAUCGAAGACACACGGGAAAAAAUGUCAAUCGCUGCUUCGGAGAAUUAUCAACUAAAAUGGCAUAGCUACGGAGCACAUCUUCAUAGCUCCGUAGCGACCCUACUUCAAUCGGAAUCCUUUGCGGAUGUUCUUCUGGCAACGUCCUGCGGCCGACACGUGGCGGCACAUCGAUUUGUCCUUGCAGCAUGUUCUUCUUAUUUAAGUCACAUCUUUCAAACAUGUCAUUUUGCGGCCAAUUCGAAUGCCCAAACUAUCGUGGUAUUGCCAACGGAGAUCGGAUACCGUACAUUGAAGAUUCUUAUACAGUACAUGUACAGUGGAGAGGCAACUGUAACGAACGAUCAAUUGGAAGGAGUAUUAAGGGCUGGUGAUAUAUUGAGAGUACGUGGAUUAUGGAAAUCCAAUUCGGGUAGUAAAAAGGAGAACAUACAGUCAAACAAUCAAAAGGUCGAACGUGAUAAAAAGGAACAAGCACCUUUGACCGGACAAAUUCAAAAGAUCAAAUUGGUACAGCCUAGUACAGAAAAGAUCGUUGAAAACGUCCAACAACCGGCGACAACGCAGAACAACGUUCAAACUCAAAAGUCCGUAGAAAGGAAGAAUGUGGAAAAGGUUGAGGAAAAAUCUAUCGAACCUGAAACUAAAAAGGUCUUGGAAGAAAACAAGAAUAAUGAACAGAACAAGAAUAAAGAAAAUCUCGAGGCUAAUAGGAAAACUAGAAAGAACGUUAGCAGUGACGUCGAAUCUAACAAAUCGAGAAGCGAAGGUGGUGAAAAUGCGGAAUUAAAUUUAGAACUGUUAGUGAAGGACGAGCCGAUCGAUUGGGUGGAAAGUAUCGAUCCAUCCGAAUCCCUGACGAUAGACCAUGAGAUCGAUAUCAAACCGGAAAUCGUACACAGUGCCGACGAGGAUGGUGAUUUGGAAGAGGAAGAGUAUACUCCUUUGACCUGCGAUAUGUGCAGUCAAACUUUUAACAGGCCAUCGGAUUGGGUCAGACACAUAGAAUUCACGCAUGCCGACAUGACUGAGAACAGAAGAAAAAAGAGGAAGGGUGACGUGGACGACGACAGUAAAGAAUUUCCACCGUUAAAGUGCGACCUUUGCGGGAAUAUGUAUCCAACACCUCAGGAAUGGGUACGUCACAUACAAACAGAACACACGGAAGAACAAUUAGCCUUGAUGAACAACUCGACACCUCCUAAACCAAAAAGGGUACACAGUCAUCAAAAAUUAUGCAAUAUUUGUCAAAAAGUAUUUCCAAGUCACGCAUCCAUGGUAAUACAUCAAAGAACGCAUACGGGAGAGAGACCUUUUCUUUGUUCCUAUUGUAAAAAAGGCUUUAACGUAAAAAGUAAUUUGCUGAGGCAUUUAAGGACGCUUCAUGACAAAUUCGUACAUCCCAGCUUGUAUGGGAGUAACGGUAACAAAAAUGGCUAAAUCAUUUCUCUCUAUUAAAUCUUAAUAAUAAGAAAUCAACAAGAAGAGAGAGAGAGAGAGAGAGAGAGAGAGAGA